CGUCAAGAAAUAUUGUGAAAACAUGAAUAUCCAUAAAUCUUCAUCUGGAAUUCCACAAGCUUCACAUAUACUUAUAAAUGAGUUAGUGAAAAUACCCAUUGCUGUUAAUUGAACAAAAGAUUGAGCUGCUAUUCCCAAUAGUGUAUGUUUCCAAUAUCUCUUUCCAAAUAUAUGACCAUAAGUACAAGUUUUAAUUUCUGAACCGGCAGUAUAAGCUCUAAGAACAUAAUCUCGUUCACUAGUAUAAAAGACAGGCAGAUUCAUAUCCAAAUGAUUAUAGUUUCUAAUCUUUCGUAAACUUUUUGUAGCUUCUUGCCAUUUAGAAUGAGAUGCAAGCCAUUUGGGGGAUUCUGUAGUACACUAUAUUCCCUGAUAGGAAUUAAAACAGGAGAACAAGGAGUUAACGAGAAUGAGGAUAUAACCUUUGCUAAGCGGACAUUAGCCAGUUCACCAAUUAUAGAGAAUAUUAUACCGGAGUUUAGAGUCAAUAUCAGAAAACCUUUCAAAGGUGUAUCGAGUGCUUCAUUCAAUGAUGAUGAUUAUCAAGUAUUAAUACCCAAUGAAAUGGAUUCGCAAUUGGAUGCAUUUAGUGAUGAUGAACUGGAUAAUGAGAUAUUUCCCCAAAAUCAGAAUCAGAAUCAAACCCCUAGCACUAGUGCUACUACUACUACCAGUACUACUAGUACCACUACUAGUACCAAGAUAAGAUCAGUACAAAUCUUAGUGAAACUAAGAUCACUAUUAAUUAAUGGAAUUGAAUUCACUACCAAAUCAGAAAUCCGAUCUUCAUGUGUUAUACCGGGAAUCCAAACUCAUGGAGGUGAAGAUUCCUUACUAAUAAGUUUAAAAUCAGGAUUCAUAUUAUUGAUUAGAUUAUAUUAUAUACCUCGUCAAUAUAUGGAUUCAGAUUAUAUUCAUCAAACCAAUUCUCCUGUGAUUCAUACGGGCAAUUCUAUAUUUAAACCAUUUGUAGUUCAAUGGUGGAAUAUGAAUAUGUCAAUUAAUGAUUAUUUAUUACCCAGUGGUUGUACAUUACAUUCGGAUAAAAGUGGACUUUCGGUAGUAAGUACAUCUGCUUCAAGAGCAUUUAGAAUAUAUAAUGUUCAAGUAGGGAAUUCCGGAAUCAUAUUGAAAAAGCAUUUUAAUGUUAAAAUUAAUGGAAUUAUAUUACAUUCAUGUUUUGCUAAUCCAUUUACAAAUAGUAAUAGUAAUAGUAUUACUAAUAGUAACAAUACUAAUACUAAUAAUACUAAUACUAAUACUAAUACUAAUACUACUAAUACUCAGGAUAUUGAUCAUGUAACAUUUUUGAGUUUAGUCUUUACAGAUUUCCGAAGAUUGGUAAUUGAACUUUGUUCAUGGUCUACAGUAGAAGCCAUAACUCAAAGUUUUAAAAAGACUUCAUUACCUUUACCUAAUAAUUUUGAAAUCCCUAUAUUAGUAAUAUCCUUAGGUAAUAAUAAUAGUUUUCUAUUUAUUAAUCAAUCUAAUUUAAUAAUAGUUAGUAUCCAAAAUAUUCUAUCUGCUGAUUAUAGUUUUGCUACUUGUGAAAGUCCCUGGUCACCAUCGGAAUUUCCUACUAAUUAUUAUAAAUCGGCAUCAAUAUCUGAAACUGAAUCUGAAACUGUUUCAGAUUCUAAAUCUGAUCAAGUAUACAUAUCUACUGAUGCAGGGAUAGUGUAUAAAAUCAUGAUAUCUAAUAAUCGAAUCAUUCUGUCAAGUGCUAUCAUAAGAGUAGCUGAUCCUAUAUCUAUAUUCUCUCUAGAAUUAUGUCCUAAGGGGUUCAACUUUAUCUAUGGGAGUGAUAGUGGAGGUAAUAAGAGUCUAUUAAUAAAGCACUUGUCAAGUCUAUCAACAAGUGAUGGAACCAUUAAAUUUUCUGAACCUCGAUUAAUAAAAGACUAUAAGAAUUGGUCACCAUUAUUAGAUAUAGAAAUUCUUAAUUCAUUCCGUCCCACCAAAUUUAAUUAUAUAUCUAAUCAAGAAUUAUGGGGUAUCUCUGGAUUAGGUAAACGAUGUAAAAUAAGUCAUUUCAAAUAUGGAUAUAGUGCUCAAAGAAAGAGUGAUACUUAUGAAGUAUUAAGAAAAGCUCAUAAAUUAUUCGAAGUCUCAUUAGAUGGAGAAUUUUAUCUUGUUUGUACAUUCCCCUAUCAAUCAGUAGUAUUAAAAUAUAAGAAUGAAUGGAUAUUAACUGAAGUAUCCGAUGCUAAAAUCCUUCCAGGUGCCACUAUCUAUGCUGGUAGUAUAAUAAAUGAUAAAGAAGAAGAAGUCUUAUUUCAAGUCAGUAGUAAUGAAAUGUUAUUAUCUGAUUUUUAUGAAGAACUUAAUCGUCAAGUAUUUACUAAUAAGAUUUUGUAUUGUGAUGUAUAUCAGAAAUGGGUUGUACUCAUCAGUGAGGGCGAGAGAGACGGGGAGACAGUACUUGAGUUAUAUAAAUUUAAGUCAGAUGAUGAGGAGGAGGAGGAUGGAGGUAUAGUUGAAUUAAUUGCUAGACAUCCACUCCUGAGUCAGCCAUCAACCGUUAAGCUACUAACCCUAAAUAAUCCCCAUAACUUAUUCAUAGCUGUGGGCACAUUUGAUGGGAACUUAGAACUUUAUGAAGGUCCCUUACUCAAUUAUCAUCGGACCAUAUGGCUUGAACACUAUAACCAAUACGCUAAAGAUGAUUUUAUUGGCGAAGAGAUGGUUAUAGCUCAUGAUAUAGUUGAAAUUAAUAACUACCUAUUAAUUGGAUCAAGUCAGGGCCAUACCCUUAAAUUCCAUAUAAAUGAUAAGGAAGAAUUGGUAUGUGAUUAUUUCCUUAAAAUAGGUACUAAUCCCAUAACUUUUUGUAUAAAUCUCGAUUUAAAUAUUACCUUUAUUGUAUGUAAAGGAUUAUGGAUGUUAAAUUUAUAUGAAUCUCAAUAUCCUAUGAGAGUAUACUUUGAUGAAACUUAUGAAAGAAGUAUAUUUGCCGUUAUGCCUAUUCCGAAAAAUAAGGUUGCAGAGGAUCUGCAAAUAUAUUUUGCAGCCAUUCGAGAAGAUGGGUUGCUGCUUUGUGCAGUCUCCACCUUUAUAGGACCGUGUGUUAAACAAAUAAGUAUUCCUGAACCAGUUAAACGAAUUCGAUAUUUGGAUUAUUUAUCGAUAUUUAUGAUCCUUUGUAAAUCGAAGAAUCCCAAGAAUCGUUUGAAAUUCUUUGAUAGGAAAUCUAUGAAACUAUUAAAUCAUCAAGAGGUUAGUGGUAGACAUGGGAGUCGAGAAAUUAGUAUAUUUAGUAAGAAUGAGUAUCCUAUUUCUUGUUGUAUAUGGUCUAUAUUGAGGAAUGGUCAUUAUACGAAGAAGGUAUUGAUUGGAUGUUCAGUUGAACUGGAUGGUGGUGGUGGUGGUGGUACCACUGGCUCUGGCUCUGGCUCAUUUAAAGUACUUGAUAUCUCCAAACGCAUAUCCAAUGAACUGGAAUCGAUCUCAGUAAAGGUCACUGAACUCAUCUCAUUUCCAUUCGAUAAUCCCAUCACCAACAUUAUUCAAAUUAAUAAUGAUAUCCAUUUUAGUAGUAAGAAUCAUAUUUGUUAUACCAGUUAUGAUUUAGAAGAAAAACGUCUAAAACCAGUAACUAUCUUGGCUACUUUGGCCAGUGAGAUUAUCUCCAUGGAUUAUAAACCUAAAGAUCAAUUGUUUAUAACCACUAAAUUCGAUUCAGUAUAUAAAUUACUCUAUAUUGGUGAUGGAAAUAAGGUCACUUUAAAGUAUAUAUCCAAUGAUCCAUACCCCAACAAUUUCAUAAAUCAAGCUCAAAUGGGGGGGAAGAUAGUGGCCGGUGAUCAAUUGCAUUCCUCCUUAUCCAUUAUAGAUUAUGAGAAUGAUAUGUAUUCAUCGAGAGUAUCGUUCAAAGUGCCCAGUCUUCCUCGAGUAUACGAAGCAUCGUUUAGGUGUGUAUGGAUGCCUACCACCACCACCACCACCACUACCACCAACAAUAACAACACUAUUCUAAUCAUUGGAGUCAAUGGAGAAAUCGGCUAUCUCAGUCUAUUGAAUAGAAAUGGCCUUCAGUACACUACUCUAAAGAAUAAGUUAGGCAUCACCACCUCCAUUGAAGAAGAGAUCAAGAAAUUAGACAGACCAUUCUUUAACAAACUCAGUGGAACUGGACUACUCUCUCUAAACAAACCGGCCUUUGAUUAUAAGGGCAAUAGUGGCAAGUUUAUUGAUUAUGAUCUACAAGAGAUCAGUACCAAAUGUACAAUUGAAUUCUGUAUUUAG